GCGGCGCGGUCGUCGUCGGGGGUGGCGGCGGCAGAGGGGGCGGCGGCCGCGGCGGCAGCUGCGACGGCAGCCGUGACGGCGGAGACGGCGCGGAGCCUGGGCCGGGGGGCAUGAGGCGGCCGCGGCAGGCGGGUGGCGGAGCCGUGUAGCGGAGAAGCGCCCCCCCUGCUGCCCUCGCCGAGCCGGGGGCGCGCGCGCACGGCCGUCCGGAGCGGGCUCCCCUCCCCUCGCCUCCCGCGCCCCGCGCCGCACCCCCACCGGGCCCGGAGGAUGAUGAAGCUCAAGUCGAACCAGACCCGCACCUAUGACGGCGACGGCUACAAGAAGCGGGCCGCGUGCCUGUGCUUCCGCAGCGAGAGCGAGGAGGAGGUGCUACUUGUGAGCAGUAGUCGUCAUCCCGACCGCUGGAUUGUCCCUGGAGGAGGCAUGGAGCCCGAGGAGGAGCCGAGUGUGGCAGCCGUUCGUGAAGUCUGUGAGGAGGCUGGAGUAAAAGGGACACUGGGGAGAUUAGUUGGAAUUUUUGAGAACCAGGAGAGGAAGCACAGAACGUAUGUCUAUGUGCUCAUUGUCACAGAAGUGCUGGAAGACUGGGAGGACUCAGUUAACAUUGGAAGGAAGAGGGAAUGGUUUAAAGUAGAAGAUGCCAUAAAAGUGCUGCAGUGUCACAAGCCUGUGCAGGCAUCAUAUUUUGAAACGUUGAGGCAAGGCUACUUAGCCAACAACGGCACCCCAGUCGUGACCACCACAUACGCGGUUUCCUCUCAGACCUCGAUGUCGGGCAUCAGAUGACUGAAGACUCCCUGUAAGAAAAUUGGAAAUUGGAGACUAGACUGACGUGCAGCUCUUUCCUCCCACCCCCGCUCUUUUCACCUCCCCUUACAGGCCUCCUCUUUUCAAAUAAGGCAUGACGGGCAGCAGAGAAAGGGUUUAUUGAUAAUGUAACUGUUUGGUGUUAAGUGAUGGGGCUUUUUCUUCUCUUUUUAUUGAGGGGGUGGGAUCGGGUAUGUAAUUUGUAAGUACUUCAUGCAUGAUAGAUCUGUCCCUCCCUUUUGCGACCCCCCAGUUCUCUAAGAGAGGCGAACAGCCUUCCCUCUGCCUUGGAUUCUGAAAUGUUCCUGUUUGUCUCAUCCCAACCCUGGCCAGACACUUUUCUUUGAUUUUUUUAUUAUUAUUAUUUUUUAAUUAAAAGAUAAGAUGAGAUGAAACCUUUCAGGCAUUUGUCCUGUAAUGUGCUGUUCAGUUCAGUAGGAUGAUCACCCUCACCGCAGGUUACAUUUAUCUACACAUUAUAUACUGGGCAUAUAAUAUGUAAAUAAAUGACUUCUAGAA